AUGCUGCCGAUCCAGAGUCCCUGGAAACUUGCUCCUCGGCCGAUUCCAGAGCUCCCUGAGAUACCUGGGCGGUUCGAUGGAGUAGUCAGAUGCCAGGGACCAGUCACCAAAGACAAUUGGAAGGCACUCUUGCAAGAGGGUUGCUCCACCGUGAUUCCCUCUAAAGUGACCGCCACUGUUGAUAUUGAGGUCCACGCUUUAUGUACAGCAUUUGUUGCACUCAAUUGCAGCAGAGGGAAGGGAUCUACCAUCACGUUACUCUACGCUGAAUGUUACGAGAAAGACCUUGGGGUAGAUAUCGCUUCCUUCCCCAUGCCUCGCUCAAAGUCAAACAGAGCAGACUCCAACGGUCGCUUGUAUGGCAUGAAGGAUAUUUACGUCGUGGCUGAAGGCCAGUCCCAACACACAUUCGAGCCAUUCUGGUUUCGGGCAUUCCGUUAUGUGCAGAUGCAGAUAACAACCGCCGAAGAGCCCCUGGUCCUUGAAAGUCUUACCCUCCGGGACACUUUUUAUCCUCUUGAUAUCCCCACAAGCAUCAGUGCUGGUGUCGAGCUGGAUAACAUCUGGAAAAUCAGUCUUCGGACCUUGCAAUAUUGUCGGCACGAGACCUUCGAGGACUGUCCGUUCUAUGAGCAAAACCAAUUUGCUUCAGACUCCCGACUACAAAUGCUUUUCACUUACCAAAUUUCUUCGGAUGAUCAACUCGCUCGAAAAACUCUUCAGGAAUUCCAUGCAAGCCAAGGGCCAGAUGGGCUGAUCAAGGCGCAGUUUCCCGCCGGAUUCCGCAGCAAGCAGAUACCUCAGUUCUCAUUGUAUUGGAUUUCAAUGGUUUACGAUCAUAUGCUUUACUUUGCCGAUAUUCUAGUAGUCCGCCGGUAUCUGGCUACGAUAGAUGCAAUUCUAAAUCAUUUUGACGGAAGAAUUAACGACCUUGGACUCGUUGGCCGCUUCGAUGAGGAUACUUGGCCCUUUAUUGACUGGGUUCCUGAAUGGUCCGUACCGGGAAAGAUUUUCGAGUCCUGCAUGCCGCGGGCAUAUCAAAGCACUGGAGCGGCUACAUUCAACAGCCUGCUCUAUGUCAUCGCACUCAUGCAAGCGGCUGAAGUCUGCAAGUUCGCCGGCAGAAGAGAUACUACUGCCGAAUAUAACUCUCGAGCCGAUGAUCUUCGCAAAGCAGUGAAUUUGCACUGCUACGAGGAAGGACUAUAUCUUGACGGUCCAUCCGUGCAAGAGUAUAGCCAGCAUGGGCAAAUCUUUGCAAUUCUUUCUGAAACUGUGAAAGGAGAUGCCGCACGGGAUCUGAUGCUGCGCACACUGGAAGAUAAAAAGCUCGUGCAAUGCUCAUACUCCAUGCAGUUCUAUCUGUUCCGUGCAGUCGAAAAAGUCGGCCUUUACUCGCAGCUAUUCAAUUCUCUCAUGAGCCCAUGGCGGCAGAUGAUCGCUGACAACCUGACAACCUGGGCCGAGCACGCAAACAAUCCACGCAGUGACUGCCAUGGCUGGAGUGCAAGCCCUGUUCACGAGAUAGUCACGCAAAUCUUUGGCAUUUCACCGGCGCAACCCGGCUUCAAACGAGUUCGCAUUGCACCCCAAAUGGAGUUAUUGGAGACUGCUCAAGGAGCAUUCAUUACCCCAGCUGGAAAGGUCAGUGUGGCGUGGACUAAGGAUGACUUGGAGGUGGAGACAAGUGCCGAUAUGGAGGCUGAGGUUGUUCUCAGCGGGUCAGUGUCGGUCCAUCGCUUCGAGAGUGGCAAAUCCGUUUUCUUUACUAGAGGGUAG